AUGUUUAAUAGGAAUGGUAGAAAAUCUAUACUACCUGCAUCAGAAAGUGUUAGGAUAGGAUAUUCUGAUCAUGAGAAACAUAAAGAUAAUUAUUAUUUUCACGAUUCAAAAGAUUUAUUAUUAUCUAAAGAUAAUAUAAAUGGAACUUCAAUAUUAAAUAUGUUCGAGAAUCAAUUAUCCACGCUUCAUUGGAAAUUAUUCCUAUAUUCUUCUCUGUUUUGGAUUGUAUUAAUCUCAUAUUAUGAAACAUCAUACGUUAGGAGUACUUUAAACAAAUGCCAGUGGAACAGAUGGGAAAAAUGGAGUUCUAACAGCCAACCACAUCGAGUAGCGUUAUAUGCUGAUCCACAGAUUAUGGAUGCUCAUUCUUAUCCAGAUAGACCAAGAAUAAUCAAUUACAUUACGAGGGCAAUAGUAGAUCAUUAUCACAUAAGAAAUUGGAAAUAUAUACAAUACUAUCUCGACCCUGAUACUAAUUUUUUCCUUGGUGACUUAUUUGAUGGUGGUAGAAGAUGGAAUGACCAAUAUUGGAUCAACGAAUAUGAGAGAUUCCAUUCGAUUUUUCCUAAAAAGUCAAAUAGAAAGACUGUCUUCUCAUUACCUGGAAAUCAUGAUAUUGGAUUUGGUGACACCGUUAUUGAAUCAAGUUUUAAGAGAUUCUCAACCUUUUUUGGUGAGACUUCUAGCACACAUGACGUUGGAAAUCAUACUUUUGUAUUGCUAGAUACAAUAUCUUUGUCUGAUACAAGCAAUGAAAAUAUUUCUUCAGUACCUAAAGAAUUUCUUAAUCAAUACAGUACACAGAAGGAACAUCCAUUUCCAAGGAUCUUAUUAACACAUGUCCCACUUUGGAGAGAUCCAGAGGAACAACAGUGUGGUCCUAGACGUGAAUCUAAAAAACCAUUCCCUAUUGUGCGUGGUGAACAAUACCAAACAGUUAUUGAUAGUUCAAUUAGCCAAAAGAUCCUUUCCAUUAUAGCACCCAAAUAUAUCUUUUCUGGAGAUGAUCACGACUAUUGUCAUAUUAAACACACUUACCAACAUAAUGGUGAAAGCCAUACAACAGAUGAAAUUACUGUAAAAUCAUGUGCAAUGAAUAUGGGUAUCAAUAAACCUGCUAUUCAAUUACUUUCUUUGUUAAAUGAUGGGACAACAACAGAUACAAUACAAACAGAAAUAUGUUAUUUACCUAAUGCCUUCUUACCAUUAUUUGUCUAUGCUUUUUUUAUAUUUGCUAAUUUGGUUUUGAUUAUUUACGUUUUUGUAGCUAAAAGCAAACUAAUAAGUCAGAAUUAUUUACCUAUGCCAGUGGGUAUGGAUUAUGAGCAAAAAAAGAAAUAUCAAACUAUAAAUAAGAGAAAACAUAUUAUAAAACAAUCCUUAAUACCUAUUUUACAGCAUUGUUUAUUAAUAUUAUUUGUCAUCUGGUUAACUUUUUAUUAUUACUAUAUUGUAGUGUAG